CGUGUUUACAGAGGCCCUGCACUGCUGGGCCCUCCAGACACUGUUCGGUGAGCUGAGCUCGCCCGGCGCCUGAUCGCACACACCGAUGACCUGAGCGAUCCUUUACCGUCAGUUCAGCGUAGACAUGGCAGCGGCUCUGCUCCUCUGGGUCCUGUGGGUCCUGCCGGCUUCAACGCUGUCGAGAAGAUCCUCGGCGGAGGAGUAUUUUCUUCAGUUCUUGGAUCAGCAGGAUCUUCUUUUUUAUUUUGGUACCACCUCCAUAGCAUCAGUGCCUGACUUUCAGCUCGUUUGGCCUCGCUGCCCGUCCACGGAGCCGUCCAUCACCCCGUGGCGUUGUUCAGUUGAGGCUCAGGGGAGAAGGUACGAGCUGGGCCUGCCUGGAGGAGGUUCGCCCCCAUCCUGUUUUUCCUUGGAGGACGUGGUUUUGGACUGCUGCGCUCGGCUCCGGGUGCUGAAGCCCCAGUCGGCCCACGCUAACCUCACGUUCUGCGGAGGAUCGCUGAGAGGCCUGCUGCUCACCCAGGGAACAUGGCUCCACAUCCAGCCCGUACUGCAGAGGCACCAGCAGCUGGCUGGCUCGUCCGACGGACCCCCAGCCACAGCACACCUGGUGUUCCCCCGGCCCGUGUUCGAGGGAUCAUCGCAGGGCCUCCCUCGCUCAAAUGUCAGGCUCAAGCGCAGUUCCACCAUGGGGUCACAGGUCACCCACCUGGAGCUGCUGGUGGUGGCAGGGCCAGAUGUGCAGCAGGUGCACAGGCAAGACACUGAGAGGUACAUCCUCACCAAUCUCAACAUUGCCUCUGAGCUGCUCAGGGACAUCUCUCUGGGGGCCAGUCUGAGGGUCCACCUGAUUCGCAUCAUAAUCCUGACGGAACCUGAGCCAGAGAUCCAAAUCACGGGCAACAUCACCUCCUCCUUGAUGAGCGUGUGCCAGUGGGGGCAUAGGGUGAACCCCACCAAUGACACGGACCCCCUGCAUGCCGACCUGCUGCUUUAUAUUACACGAUUUGACCUUCAGCUGCCGGACGGGAACAAGCAAGUGCGGGGAGUAGCCCAGCUGGGUGGAGCCUGUUCCAGCCAGUGGAGCUGUGUUAUUACAGAGGACACGGGGUUCGACCUGGGCAUCACCAUUGCGCACGAAAUUGGCCACAGCUUCGGCAUCAAUCACGAUGGGACGGGCAACACCUGCAGUAGCAGCGGGUUCAUUAUGGCGUCCGAUGGCGGCUACAACAGUGUGGACCUCAGCUGGUCUCAGUGCAGCCGUGACCAACUCCAGAGCUUCCUCAGUUCUGACCACGGCGAGUGCGUAAAGGACUUGCCCUUGCUCGGAGGCUCUCUGCAGGACUGGAAGCCAGGCUUGUACUAUGGCAUCGAUGACCAAUGCCGCAUCGCCUUCGGCAACGUUGCCAGGGCCUGUUCCUUCAACACCGGGGACAUUGAUAUGUGUCGCGUACUGUCCUGCCACGUCGUCCCUGGUGACCAGAGCUCAUGCACUCGACUGUUAGUUCCCCUGCUUGAUGGAACUGAGUGUGCGCCCAAUCAGUGGUGUCUGAAGGGGCGCUGCGUCUCCCCAUCCCAGUUGAGCUCCUCCAUGGCAGUGCACGGCUCCUGGUCCAGCUGGUCGGAGUUCUCCCCCUGCUCCCGCACCUGCGGCGGUGGGGUCAGCGCUAGGAGGAGGCAGUGCAACAAUCCACGACCUGCCUUUGGAGGGAACAAUUGCAAGGGCCCGGACACCGAGGCCGAACUGUGUAACAUGCAGCCCUGUCCCAGGACCCAGCUGGAGUUCAUGGAGGAGCAGUGCUCAAUGACAGACUCCCAGCCCCUGUACCUGUCCUCCAGCGAUGCCACUGGGUACCACUGGAUCUCUGCCGUGGGCUACGUUACAGGAGACCUCCAGUGCAAGCUCAUGUGCCGCUCCCAGGGCGAGGACUUCAUGGUGAGCCGUGGAGCGCGGUUUGUGGACGGGACGCGGUGCGAGCCCAGCAGUCUGGCUCCGACCGGUUCUGUCUCGGCUUGCUUGGCGGGGACGUGCCAGCUGUUUGGAUGCGAUGGGCUGCUGAAUUCUGGGAAGGUGAAGGACGCGUGUGGGGUGUGUGGAGGAGAUGGCUCAUCCUGCAGUCUCGUUUCUGAUUCCUACACGGAGGGUCACGCCAAAGAGUAUACCACAUUCUUGACCCUUCCUCAGAAUGCAACUCAAGUUCACAUUGUCAACACCAGGCCCAUCUUCACACACUUGGCUGUGCUAGUCCAAGGCAAGUAUGUGGUGGCUGGAACUGGCAGUGUGUCCCUGAACACCACACACCCCUCCCCUCUAGAGGACGGACGGUUAACGUACCUCCUCUACCUCACCCCUGACCUCCUGCCCCACAAAGAGGAGCUGUUGUUACCUGGGCCGGUAGAAGAGGACAUUCACAUACAGGUGUAUCGAAAGUACGGAAAAGAAUACGGAGAAGCAACCAGCCCGAAUAUCUCCUACUCUUUUUACGCACCGGGAACUGCGAGCAAAACCAGAGCCAAGUGGACAACUCGCAUGACAACCUGUUCUGUCACCUGUGGAUCAGGAACACAGCAGACUAUUGCUCUGUGCGUGAGUGAAGAUGGUGAUGAACAUCUGUCAGAGACCUCCUGUGAAGCGACCCCUCGUCCCCCCUUCCUUGAGGUCCCCUGUCACCUUGCGGCCUGCCCUCCCUACUGGGAAACAGGGGACUUUGGCCCCUGCAGUGUUUCCUGUGGUGGAGGUGAGAUGGUGCGCUCUGUGAGGUGUGUCCAGAGGCAGGGGGCCGAGCUCCUCCAGCGGCCGGCCUCCGAGUGUCCGCAAGACUCGGCUCCGCCCUCUCUGAGCGCCUGCAGCCCAGAGCCCUGCCCAGCGAGGUGGCGGGUGUCGAACCCUGGAGAGUGCUCGGCCGCGUGUGGACCAGGGACGGCCUGGCGCGUGGUGUCCUGCGUACAGAUGGAGCGGGGCGCGGACUCCGUCGUGGACGAGAGCCUGUGCCCGCAGUCUGACCGUCCAGCGGACAGCCUGCCCUGCCUGGUGGACAUCUGUCCUGUGGGCUGGGACACAAAGGCCGAGGGAGGAGGCGGCAUCGCGGGGAGCCAGAGUUCGAGUUCCUCUCGUGACAAUAAAGGCUUUGAUGUGCAGACCCAGGUUCAGUGGCGACACAAAUCAGCGCUCGCCGUGAUGUCAUCGGCUCAGGCGGAGCCUGUCUUUGUAUGGAACCCUGUGAUUGGCCGGUGCUCAAAGAGCUGCGGGACUGGACAAAGGCAGGUGUGGUACUCCUGUGUGGACCACCUGUCCAGGAACCAGGUGCUGGAUGUCUACUGCAACGGUUCGAGUAAACCCCAGCCGUACACAGAACUGUGCAGCACUGACGUCUGCCCCCCCGGGUGGCACUACCAGCAGGGGGUGUGCAGUGUUUCGUGUGGCGGGGGGGUGGCACACAGGGUGCUGUACUGCUCCCGGGACACUGGUUUUGGGGAAGAGAUCACCAGCGACUCUGAGUGCAGGGGGCCACUCCCCUCCAGCAGGGUACCAUGUAACACGGACCCAUGCCCUGCCAGAUGGAGGGCACAGGAGGCAGGACCCUGCUCGGCAUCCUGUGGUCUCGGUGUUGCCCAGCGCCGUGUGUCCUGUGUCCGGUUCCAGCAGGGUGAAGACAGGGAAGUGUCGGAGGAGCUGUGCCCCCCUGCCCAGAAACCCUCGGCCGUGGAGCCGUGCCUGAUGACAGUCUGUACCUUCAUUUGGGAGGUGCAGGAGUGGGGCCAGUGUUCAGUGACCUGCGGCAAUGGGAUCCAGUCCAGGGCGGUGUCCUGCGUGGGACCCGGGCACGCCCAGCCCCUGAGCCCCCUGCUGUGUAUGCACCUGCCCAAACCAAUCACCAUCCAGGCAUGCCAUGCUCACGACUGCGCUCCCCCUGAGCCCACCACGUGGGCCUCCGGGAGAUCGGACACAACGCCUGCGGCCCCCGGAACUCCUCGCCCACCUCAGUAUCAGGCAUCAACGUUACCCGCUCCGUCAGCCACACCCACAGCCCCUUCAGAGACCAGUGUGUGCGGGCAGCUUCUGCUGCAGUCCUCUGGCACGGUGGACCUGAGGCGCGCAAGCGAGCGCGACUGCACCGUGACCGUCGGGCGCCCUCUGGACGAGAUUGUCCACAUCGAGGUGGAGUCCAGCUCCCUGGACUGCAGAAGCAGGGAGUUUGUAGCGCUCUACGACAGGCUGAUGCUGGUAAAGAAGUGCGAGCGGCUGUCCGGCUAUUCCCUGACCAGCCACACCAACGUCCUGCUGAUACGGCAGGGCCUGGUCGCCCCCGGCAACGGCGUGCUGCUAACCUACCGCAGCCAGAAGUCAACCAAGAAGGGUCUCUAUAGCGACUGCGACCGGCAGCUGUUUGGGUCGACGGGCGAGAUAGUGAAUCCCACGCACCUGUCGGACGCCGCCCUUCACACCUGCCGCGUCUUCAUCAACGUCCGGCCUUCCGCCACCAUCGAAAUUCGUGCCCUGAGCAUCGAACCGACGCUGCACGGUGGCGCCGCACAGUCCACCUUCGUACUGAUCCGUGAUGUCAGAGUGAUGAAGACCACGGUGUUCGGGGGGAACCAGCUGUUCCUGUGGCGCUCGUCGGGCAGCAUGGUGGAGAUCGAGUUCCACGGGGGGUAUCUGCAGGCCAAGGGAAGCUUCCGGGCAGAAUACUCCACCAUCGAACCCUGAUCGACCGUCACCCGCUACACACCUCACACUUUGUCCUAUUGGACAGUACACUUCUCCCGGGAACAUUUUAUACACCAUUUGCUUGAAGACUCUCUUGACCUGAGAUGUUUUUAAUCAUUUUAAAAAUUCCUGGAAAUCCACCACACAUAUUUUACUAGAGUUAAUC